AUGGCAGAGUCAUUAACUCUGGUGGUGCUAUGCAGUAGGCGCGGAUAUGGUGCCAAUUCGUUCGGCGGCGCGCAACAAGCGUCGAAUGGGAUGCCUCCGCUGUCGAUGGCUCCAGAAUACAAUAUCCUCGCGGCAAUCGUGCAGUGGGUUGAGCAGGGAAUCGCACCAUCCUCGCUGUAUGCAGUCUACUGGAACCACAACAAUGUGACAGAUGGUGUCGGAUUUGUGCGGCCAUUGUGCCAGUUUCCGAAGAGCUUGCGUUAUAAUGGAGGAAACCAAUCUACUCCCGAAGGAUUUACGUGCGUGUAA